AUCUUAUUGUACUUUCGACUGUUCGGUUCGCUCGAUAAAACAUAUGUAGAACAAAACAAAAGUUUCCAAAAAUUUCUAAACAAGUUUAUAAUAUGCUACCGUUUGCUGUGACUUGCAGUGAUGCCGUGCUGGUAUUAAUUUACAAUAUCUUUUUAUAUUCGGUGGCUCCCAUAAUUAUAAUCAAUCCAGAAACUCCACAAGAUAAUCAGCGUAUAAAAUGGCAAAGUAAAUUUCGGAGCACAUGCCAGAGCAUCUGGCAGAGCAUAGUUGGUAACUGGUUGCCUACCAAGCAGCAGCCCACACUGCAAAAGCCUGUCGCUACAUUCUUUGUAUUGGAGGACAUGUUUUGGUUUAUAAACCUGGCCAUAAACAUACUGAUAGUGGUCGCAGCAGUUGUCCAUUACCUUUCGAAAUACCAUUCCAAAAAUCGUCCCAAUCUGCAGCAGCGCAAAAACAAAUCGAAAAAUCUAAAGCUAGUCAUAUUUUUAUGGAAAGUCCUGACCUCAAUCCUAGUGCUGUGGGUUUCAUAUAAAUCCGUUUUCCUGUUUUGGGCAUUCUGGCAAGGACAGCCGACCGUUGGUCUCGCCAAGUUCCAGAUUUGCGUUCUGGGUAUGUGCUGUGUUCACGUCCUACUUAUUCGCAAGUCUCUGAAGCCGAGAUGUGGUUUUCGCGAAUUCAAGCCUUUGAUCAAAGCGAUGCCGUCGCAGUCGAGUUCAUGGCACAGUUUUUUACGGUCGAUUGAUCGCUCCUAAAAUGAGAUUUAUUAUAAAUUUUAUCCGAAUUAAAUUAAUUAUUAUUAUUGA